AAUGAUAACGUCUCUGUCUAAUCUGUGAGCUGUGUUUGUUUUGGUUGAAUGAAAAAAAAGAUGCUUAAAUGCAGAAGAAUUUUUUAGUAAUCGAAAAAAGAAAAACAAAUUACGAAUAGUGUUUGUUAAGCGCGUUUAAUUACAGUAAUAAAAUAUGUAAUGUGUUGAACAAUUUGUGUAUAAAAUAUUUGAAAAAUUAAAAAAAAUAUAAACUGAAAAUGGCCAGCACUUUGAGUGAAAAAAUUGAAUCUAAAAAUGAUAUGACACAUACGAAUAGCUGCUGCAGCAAUGUAGCUGAAAAACAAUGUAAUCACUUAAAAUAUUUUAAAGAAUUUUUACGUGAUUUGACGAAAGAUGCUGUGACUAAUGAAGGAGGCAGCGGUGAUUUAGUAGGUAGAGAAGGUGUAAAUGUAUCAUGUAAUGGUGGUGGUAGUGGCGGUGUUGAAUUACGUCCCUUUAUAUUGACGCGUUCUAAUAAUGAAAGUUAUGCAGUGGCUAAAGAUGAAUUGUCCGCCGAAAUAAUCAUGUGUAUAUGGCAAUGGCUCGUUGAGAAAAAAUGUCCGGAACACUUUCAAGUGGGUGUUGCACGUUUGGCCGAGGAGGAAAUUAAUAAAGAACUAAAAAACAAAAAGCUCCAAGAAGAUUUAAAAGCUUCUGGUGGCAAACAAGUCGAAGACACCUCUGAUCAAACAUUACUUGAUUUGCUAAAGCUACAAAAAUAUAUACAACAGCAGUUAGAUAAGAUUCUUCUGAGAUUGUGUGACAAUUCUAAAGAAGAAAAUUUAAAGAAUUAUGCUGAUUGUAGUCGAGAAACGUUAUACAAUUGCAGUGAGUCCGCUACAAACCGCCACACACCAUAUGUAGAAGCACAUGUCAAAAAUAAACCCCGCAAAAUGGAGGAUCGUCAUAUCUGUUUGCCACAAUUUAGUAAUAUAUAUCAACUUGAAAAAUCCCUUAGUUUCUAUGGCGUUUUUGAUGGUCACUCUGGCUCUCUAGCUGCCACAUAUGCUAUUAACCAAAUUCCCUACCGGGUCGCUCAACAAUUGAAUUCCCUACCCAAUUCAUCUACUCCCGAUAGCGAUUGCUAUAGAGAUGCGUUGGAAACUAGUUUUCUGCAAGCUGAUCAUAAUUUCUGCCAGAAACAAUUGAGUAGUGGCACAACAGCAGUUUGUGCCCUGCUAUUAAAGGAUGGCCUUGAAAAUUUCAAACAUUUAUACGUUGCUUGGGUGGGUGAUUCAAGAUGUCUUUUAGUUUCACCGACAGUGCACUUACAAUUGGUAAAACCACACAAACCGGACUCGGCAGAUGAAAAGAAACGCAUAGAAUCAACUGAAACUGGUGGUUCGGUAAUAUUUGUACAGGGUCAAUGGCGCGUUAAUGGUAUCAUCAAUGUAUCACGUUCUAUUGGCGACUAUACCGUUAAGGCCGUUAUAGCCGAACCUGAUAUUGUAGAUGUACCACUACAACCUUCGCAUGAUUUUUUGCUAUUAGGCUCAGAUGGUCUUUGGGAUCAUGUAAGUGAAAAGGAAAUUGUCGAUUGUGUAUAUAAGUCCCUAGCGGACGAUGAGCAAUGUUUGGAAGAUAUACCCAAACAUUUGAUUGAAUUAGCCAAAAAAGGUGAUUCACAAGACAAUAUCACUGUUGUUUUAGUUUUGCUCAAAGAUCGUCAACAAAUUAAAGAACACUUUACAAAAAGUUCAAAUAAAUCUUCGUAAUAGCUACCUAUGAAUAUCGAACAAUCUUUUUUUUAAUGUAAUACUUUAAAAAUAUACAACAUUUAAAAUUCGUAAUAAUUACGAAAGAUGUAGAGUACCACCAUUUUGGCAAAAUAACUUAUUUUGAAAGUUGCAAUGUAUAACUUAUAGUCAGUACUUCUCAUUAAUUCCAUUAAAUGGUUGGACACUUGUUUGUCCUUUGUAAUGUCAAUUCAAUUUGUGCUAUUACGCAUUCUUCUCUAUCCAAUGUAGAAAUUACAACCGAUAAAGGUGACCCUAAAUACAGAUUAAAAAUUUCUUUUUUUUUUAAGAAAUCUUCCGAUUUUCUAAAUACAACAUAUGUUUAGAAAAUGAUUUCGGUAUUUGUCCAAAUAAGAAGUUUUGCCAAAACAUCUACCUAUAAUUCCUUCUCCGCUAUAACCUAAUAUUACGUUUUAGAACAAAUAAAAUAUGUUAAUAACUGAAAGAAAUUAACCAAAAUAUUGGAUCAAACGAAAUUUGUUUAACAAUAAAAACGCAAGUAUACAAAAUUAAUUUAGCUUCAAAAUACUGUGCCUACAAAUAAAAUAAAUAAUUGUGCAAGAAUAUUAUUAAUAUUAUAUGUAUUUGUGUAUUAUUAACACAAUAAUUAGUUUUUCUAUAAAAGUUUGCGUCAUAGUUUAUUUACUACAAAGAAAUAUUUGUUGUUCAAAUACUAUUUCAAUACUAUAUUUGAUCUAGUUAUUUGAUGUAACUACUAACCACAAAACCCUUAAGUUCAAUUUUAUUUUUUUUUUAUAAUAAAAUUUAUAUAGAAUUUAAAAUGUUUCGUAAAAUUGUACAUAAACUAAAAAACUGUAUGUUUUAAUUGAAAAAAUGUCAACGAAAAGUAAAGAGUUAUUUAUAGUAAUUGUAUGUACCGAGUACUUUAAAGUACUUACAACAUAAUUAAUGUUCAAAUAGAUUUGUUUUUUUUAAUAUUAUUUUAAAUGUUUGAUUAAUAGUAAGAUUUUAUAAAUUAUAGCAAACCUCUAUUGUAUUAUUGUUAAUGAUUUUAAUUAGUUACAAAAUAUAUUGCUUAAAAACAUACAUAAUAACAAUAUUUAGUAAAAACAUAUAGCAUGUUGAAAUAUUCAACAAUCGCUGGGUACUAGAAACUUGGUAAAAUAAUAAAAAGAAGUUAGUUUUAGUUGUGCCAUUUGUGUACCCAGCAAUAAAUUAACAACCUUCAUUCAUCCCUCCGUAUUCUCCAAUAGAAUAAUAAUAAAUACUACUCUAUAUAUAUAAUAAACCAAUAUGCACCUUAAUUAUACACUAAACAACUUUUUUUGUACCAAACACAAAUAUUUAUUUAUAUACUACCAUAUAACUCUUAAUACAUAUUUAUGUACGUAAUUCCAAUAACAAUAAAAUAUAAACAAUACA